AUGAUGGAAGUGGAAGGAUCGAGCUCUCCGAUGAUGAAUCAUGCUGCUGAUCAAUCACCCUUCUUACGCUCGAGACGAUCCAAAGCUCUGUAUCAGUUUAAGCAGCAAAAACUCCCAGCUUGUAAGCCAGUCUUAACACCAAAAUCGGUUAUAUCAGUGUUUCUAUUGAUGGGUUUUGUUUUCAUUCCCAUUGGCUUCAUUACUCUCCGUGCUUCUCAUCAUGCUAUUGAAAUUAUAGACCGGUAUGACGCUGAGUGCAUUCCUGAAGAAUAUAAAAGCAACAAACUUUCUUACAUCACAGAUUCAUCGAUCCCAAAGAACUGUACUCGUUACUUGAAGGUGGAGAAGUAUAUGAAAGCUCCCAUCUUUAUUUACUACCAGCUUGAUAACUACUAUCAAAACCACCGGCGAUAUGUAAAGAGUAGAAGUGAUCAACAGUUGUUACAUGGGAUGGAGUAUAGCCACACAAGUUCUUGUGAGCCAGAGGAGUUAUCUAAUGGUCUCCCGAUUGUUCCUUGUGGAUUAGUAGCUUGGAGUAUGUUCAAUGAUACAUUUACUUUCGCUCGUAAAAGCACAAACUUGAAGGUGAGCCGGGACAACAUUGCGUGGAAGAGUGACCGCGAGCACAAGUUUGGGAAGAAUGUGUAUCCUUUCAACUUCCAGAACGGAACUUUGAUUGGUGGUGCAAAGUUGGAUCCAAAAGUCCCCCUUAGUGACCAAGAGGACUUUAUCGUGUGGAUGCGAGCAUCUGCUCUGCUAAGUUUCCGGAAACUAUACGGAAGAAUCGAAGAGGACUUGGAGCCAGGAAACGUUCUUGUGGUGAAUCUGAUGAACAAUUACAACACUUACAGCUUUAGCGGGCAGAAGAAGCUUAUUCUAUCCACAUCAAAUUGGUUAGGAGGAAGAAAUGAUUUCCUCGGCAUCUCCUAUCUCGUUGUUGGUUCCUCUUCCAUAAUCAUAUCAAUCAUCUUCUUGUUGCUCCAUUUGAAAAACCCCAGGCCUUAUGGGGACAAUUCUUGGAACAAGAAAAGCCUUUCGAGCUGA